AACCCAUCUGAGAUGUAAAGUCUAUGGCCAAGACUGCGCCUCUAAUGUAGGCCUAAGCAAAAAGUAACAAUAGACCUAUAGCUAAGUAACCUAGUGAUGCAAGGCCAAUAUGAACUGUGAAUAUUAUCACGGUUAGUAUGAGGUUUACAUUGUAGCAGCAUUUUAUAAUUUGUCGAGCUAUCUGGAGACUGGAACAUUUGAUCUACACACAUUUCUUGUUGGGCUAAUAUUAUUCGUAGGCUAUAUCAAAUAAUGUUUUAAAGGUUUGUGUUGUUUUCUGUAUAAAAUCACGUUUGCCAUUGGUUAGUCUCUGUGUAUACCGUAAUUGACGCAUUUUAUGAAUCCUUGAAAGGAUAUACGCUACGAAUUUAACGUAGGCUAAGCAACCCACUGUAGGAUAGAGUAGCCCACAGAACAGACGUUCCGUGGGCGUAGCAGUUUGAGGUUCUCGCUGUGCGCAACGUGGGCUUCUCCAAGCUACCGUAUUGCAAUAUGUCAGAGAGCAUUAGUAGGAGUUCAAGAAAAGUAGACACGGUAGACUAGCUCAUACCAUAUUGUAAAUGUCCGUCCCUAUCAACUGACAGGUCCCACCCUAGGUUGAUGACAGUGUUGUCCCCUCACAAGAAAACGUGGAUUGUGCUUUAUCCUUGGCGAUUGGAUUGGUUUGAGUUCACCUGACUCACACUCGCAGACCUGGUGUGUGUGCAUGCAGCAUUAUGGAUCCGACGAGGCUUCUAACGGAGAACGACCGCCGCUCUCUUUCAACAACUCCAGCCCGUUACCCGUGGCUCCUUCACGGGUAAGGAGGUUCGCUCAGGAGAGGCGAGCGCUCCCUCAGCCGAGAGUGAUGGUGGUAUUCUCGGCCGCAAAUGAGAUUGAUAAACCAGGCGAUGCAAUGUCGAGUUCGGACUCUGCGGAGGAUGAUUUCCGAAAGCCAGCCACCCCCGCACCGAACCUAAAUCUAGGCAAGUCUCUUCGUACCACCUUUAACGAAUCUCCAUCUCCAGAGUUUCCUGAGGUUAUUUCUCUCAACGUGGGUGGGACCUACUUCACCACCCGCCUGUCCACUUUACGGCGCUAUGAGGACACCAUGCUCGCCGCCAUGUUUAGUGGACGCCAUCACAUCCCACGUGAUGCUGAAGGUCGCUUCUUCAUUGACCGGGAUGGGGCAUAUUUCGGGGACAUCCUGAACUUCCUGCGCGAGGGUGAACUACCUCAGAGGGGUCGUGUGAGGUCAGUACACAGGGAGGCCCAGUACUAUGCUAUUGGUCCCCUGUUGGACAGCCUGGAGGACACUCAGCCACUCACAGGAGAGAAAGUCCGCCAGGCCUUCCUCGACCUCCUGCCCUACUACAAGGAUAAUCUGGAGCGCAUCGUGGAGAUUGCCAAACUGCGGGCCAUGCAGAGGAAGGCUCGCUUCGCCAAGCUGAAGAUUUGUGUGUACAAGGAGGAGAUGCCCAUUACACCGUACGAGCGGCCGCUCUUCAAUUCAUUGCGCUUUGAGCGCACGGAGAGUGAGGCCAAGCUGUUCGAGCACCACUGUGAGGUGGAUGUGUCGUUCGGGCCCUGGGAGGCGGUGGCGGACGUUUACGACCUGCUACACUGCAUCGUCAGUGACCUGGCGGAGCGUGGCAUCACCGCCGACCAGCAAUGCAUCGGUGUCUGUGACAAACAUCUCAUCAACCACUACUACUGCAAGAGGCCCAUCUACGAGUUCAAGAUCACAUGGUGGUAAAGCAGGAGGACAAAAGAUCUUGCUGUCUGAGUUGUGAGGCGGACUCUUGUCGUGUUAUGCCAACUGAUCUCCUUCCUGGUCCCUCAGGAUGAGCGAGAAUAGGGGUAGUCAGUGUUAUUCUCCCUUUUCAAGAACGGAAACCUAUGAAGUGCUGAGUUUACAGAAAGGAGGGAGUCUGGCUUUUGUGCUUCUGUUUCCUAACUCAAUAGCUGUGACCAAUGUUUCCUUUGUGUUGAAUUUUUUUUAACAGUAUUUACCUAGGGUCUCAUUGGCUGCUUCUUAUUUUUUACUUGUUAAACUCUGGGAGUUUUUGUUCUCAUCCAACCUUGUAGAUCGGCCAAGGUUUUUCAGAAAAGGGUCAAGUUAAUCUCAUAUUGUGAUUCCAGUGUUGUCUGUCCCUUUGUCUUCAUUCCUACUUAUGCUGUUAUGCAUUCUACGUUGUGCGUUUCUGUGGUAACCACUUUGUUGGUCGCGAGAGAAACUGGAUGCAAUUAUGCAAGCUGGGGAAAUAUUGUUAAAGUAUUGUAUAUAGCUACAUGUAAAUGUAUAUUUUGUUACUGAUGCUGGUCUUUGAUUUAUACAUUAUAUUUUCUGUCACUUACUCUCCCGUAAAGAUUUAGAAGUCCUAGAUUAGAGACACCAGUAAGUGUCGAUCUUUGCUAAACAGUCUGUGAUCAGCAUGGCUUUGGAAAGUCAUUAUUUUUUUACCAUUACAGUUUUAGAGACCCAAAGGAAAUUAGAGAGUUGAAAAUCAAAUAGAUUAAAGGGGCAUGGUCAAAGUUAUUUUACUUCAGUUUCCUCUUGAUGGAUCCCAUAUGUUCUUUUAACUGGAAAUGUUUAUCUGGCAGUUGAAAAUGGUGCAUGUGCUUCCUGUAAGUAAAAUCUUACUGCCCCAGAAUUUCUCUCUGAAGGGGUUUCUAUAGAUGAAGGAACAUUUUUAAUGUGCUGCUAAAAGUAAUUUACACUUAAAAAGCUAAGAACACGACAUAUACACCACAUGGCCAAAAGUAUGUGGACACACCUUCAAAUUAGUGUAUUCUGCCAUUUCAGCCACACCUGUUGCUGACAGGUGUAUAAAAUCGAGCACACAGACAUGCAAUCGCUAUAGACCAACAUUGGCAGUAGAAUGGCACGUACUGAAGAGCUCAGUGACUUUCAACGUAACCAUCAUAGGAUGCCACCUUUCCAAUAAGUCACUUUGUCAAAUGUCUGCCCUGCUAGAGCUGCCCCGGUCAACUGUAAGUGCUGUUAUUGUGAUGUGGAAACAAGUGGUAGGCCACACAAGCUCAUAGAAUGGGACCACCGAAUGCUGAAGCGUGUAAAAAUCGUCUGUCCUCAGUUGCAACACUCGCUACCGAGUUCCAAACUUCCUCUGGACGCAACGUUAGCACAAGAACUGUUCAUAGGAGCUUCAUGAAAUGGGUUUCCAUGGCCGUGUCGCCACACACAAGCCUAAGAUCAUCACCAUGCGCAAUGCCAAGCGUUGGCUGGAGUGGUGUAAAGCUCGCCACCAUUGGACUCUGGAGCAGUGGAAAUGUGUUCUCUGGAGGGAUGAAUCACACUUCACCAUCAGGCAGUCUAAAGGAUGAAUAUGGGUUGGGCGGAUGCCAGGAGAACGCUCCCUGCUGCAAUGCAUAGUGCCAACUGUAAAGUUUGGUGGAGGAGGAAUAAUGGCCUGGGGCUGUUUUUCAUGGUUCGGGCUAAGCCCCUUAGUUCCAGUGAAGGGGAAAUGUUCAUGUAUAGCGUACAAUGACAUUCUAGAAAAUUCUGUGCUUCCAACUUUGUGGCAACAGUUUGGGGACGGCCCAUUCCUGUUUCAGCAUGACAAUGCCCCCUGCACAAAGCAAGGUCUAUACAGAAAUGGUUUAUCGAGAUUGGUGUGGAAGAACUUGGCCUGCACAGAGCCCUGACCUCAACCCUAUCGGACACCUUUGGGAUGAAUUGGAACGCCGACGUCGAGCCAGGCCUAAUUGCCCACCAUCAGUGCCCGUCCUCACUAAUGCUCUUGUGGCUGAAUGGAAGCAAGUCCCUGCAGCAAUGUUCCAACAUCUAGUGGAAAGCCUUUCUAGAAGAGUGGAGGCUGUUAUAGCAGCAGAGGUGGGACCAACUCCAUGUUAAUGCCCAUGAUUUUGGAAUGAGGUGUUUGACGAGCAGGUGUCCAUAUACUUUUCCCAUGUAUGUGGUGACAUCCAUCUUUGGGUCUUUGGCGUUAGAACUUUAUUGCUCGAACUGCUUCUAUCUGCAUUUUUGUCUAAAUUGAGUUUUUGACAUAGCCUUGUUCAAUGUUCUCUACCUAUAUAAUACUCAAAGUUACGAACUCUCAUUGGUUUGAAUGGUAUCAGCAAUUUUAUCUUGUAUUCUUUCGAAAUUAACAACAUGAAUUGUGGUAUUUUAAAGACCAAUUAUCUCAAUCGUGUUUUUGCAGAUAGAACCUUAUAGUCCCACGGUCUCGAGUUGAGAAUUUAGCAGAUUUUUGAUGAUAAUGUAUAUUUGCCGUUAUAUUGACAUAUGCUUCAACAAUUCCAUCUUCUUUUGCAGCAUGACAUAGAUUAGUCAUUCAAGUUUCAUAUGAUAAUUUUAUAUGACAUGGUAAUUCUACGGAUUAAAUAAAUUCAGCUUAAGUGCCUUUUCCCAAGGGCAACUGUUUCACUUACAUGGAGCUUAAACCAGGAAACCACACUAUUUUUUUCUAAUCAAGGACAACUGCAGUGACACUAUUGUCACCUUCCCCGUGGGUUAGUUCUGUUUUCUUUUUUGUUCCCUGUGUUGUUUAGUUAAUUAAUAUUAGAUUUAUACAGAUGUCAGAUUGAUAUGUCCAUUCAAUUACCUUUUCAUAGAGUAGGCUACAAGUUCUUGUUUUAGAGGGCUCAGGAUCAAAAUGAUUAUGUGCAAUGUUUGUGAAUCCAUGACUUGGUUUUCAGAAUGAAAUACAGUAAUGUAGUGUUGUAAAUGUAUGUCCAGCUUGGUUCUUCUGGGAAUAGGCCAAUUAAUGCUUUAUAACAGAACAGACAACACAUUACUGUAUGUCCAGGCAGCUUGGUUGUUCCAUUAUAGGCCCAUUAAUGCUUUAUAACAGAACAGACAACACAUUACUGUAUGUCCAGGCAGCUUGGUUGUUCCAUUAUAGGCCCAUUAAUGCUUUAUAACAACAGACAACACAUUAGUGUAUGUCCAGACAGCUUGGUUGUUCCGGAAUAGGCCUAUUAAUGCUUUAUAACAGACCAAACAAUACAGUAUGUUAUUACUGGGUGUCAGUCAGGUGGAUCAAGGUGGAUAGUAUUUUUUACUUGUUUUGUGCUAUUGAUGUCAUAUUACACAGGUCUCUAAGUUUGGCUUGGAUAAUGUGACUUUAUUUUCCUUCUGUUUAACUCUAUGAUACUAGGCUGAGUGAUUGACAACAUGUGUUAAGAGUUGCCACUUUCUUACUGUUGGGUGUCAAUUGAUUGGAUUUUGUCGAUUUUUAUUUUUUACUGUCACAGAUAGAGCCUUUAAUCUUUUAAAAUAGAAUUGCAGGGAUGGUUUGGGGGUUAGAAUACAUUUGUAUUUAUUUAUUUCAGUAUUUUAGGCAACUUAUACUUGAGGAACAUUCCUUGCACCUUAUUGAACUUUCUCCCUUGGCUGGUGAAUGUCUUUUGCAGAUUCCAUAGCUGGCCCAUGUCUAGGCUGCUCGUGGCAUGGGAAAGUUGGAAAAACAAUGCACAGCUUGACCAGUGGCCUAAUUUUUCAAGAAUAAUAUCUUGCUUUAACUUACAUAUUGCAUUAUUUGUUGUAAGGGUAUGCUCUAUUGUGCUAAUACUAAGUCAUAUUUUUUGUUUUUAUAACAAGGUACAAAUACAGUUUGCCUUAGUCUGUAUAAAAUGAUCAGUGUCUGUAGUAGUGUUUUCUUCUUCACCGGCUGGGUAAUGUUAUGCAUGCAAUGUGCCAAUGGUUCAAGUUGCCAAGUACAGUACUUCCAUGAAAUUAACCAAGCAACCUACCAAAUAACUCCAGUUUCCUCAAUUGAAAACAUGUGAACGGAGAUCUGGGAUAAGUUGCUGAUCUA